GCGUACUCCCAGAUCAGGGGACCUCGUGUCGGAGUUGCAUUUUGAGGGGUCAUUACAUUCACAGAUUAAGGCGGUAAAAAAGGUUCACCAUGGCAGACGGUGCACCCCAACUAACAAGAGACAAUACCAUGCAGCAAACUGCAAAGGAAGGGAUCAGCUUUCUCCAGUCCCAGGGUAAAGAGUCGUUGCUGAACAUGCAGGGUUUGAACAAUAGUGGAGGCAGUGCUUCCGCCUCUGCAACUGAUGACAAACCCAAGAUGCCACGAGACAACACCAUGAUAGGGACUGCCAAGGUUGGAGCUCCUCCCGCCCCCACUCUACUACAGCCAAAGAUAAUGGCCAUGGCUGCUCCCCCCGGGGUUUUGGCCACACCCCCCUUAAUCUCCCCUCCCAAAGCGGUUGUCCAGACUACCCCACCCCCAGCACAAAAGCCAGUGACGGUGGCCCAGUUAACAUCGGCCUUCCCCUCAGCAGCCAGUCACAUGACUCCUCCACUUCGCCCUCCAAUCACUCAGACUAUUGUGAUCUCAAAACCGCCAUCUUCCUCACCACCCGUCUCGCCCAAAAAAUCCCCAGUUCAAAUCACGCCAACCAAACUACCAACAGCGCCCCCUAUAGUUGUGUCUUCCCCACCACGUUCUACUCCACCAAAACAGCCCCCUGCUCCCAUUGUUGUCAACCUUCAGCAGCAAACCGGCCCUUCUGCCUCACCCCCAAAACCAGCGCCCCCUGUUGUUCGCCCUCCACAGCAAAAAUCCACUCCCGUGAUGGCAGUGAAUGUCGGAGCCAAGAGAAAGGCACCUGAAGAGCCUGUAUCGCCGAAUUUGGGUGAUCAUCGUUAUGCGACAAUAAAAACACAAGUUGAAGAAUCUCCUUCUCCGUCCCAAAAGUCACCAACAAAGGCUUCUCCCUCACCCAAACGAGGGCCGUCUGCCCGGAAAAAAGCAGGAACAGCGAAGGAGGGUGCAGCCAUCUUGGCUUCUGUUGGCAAACCAGACGAAGAUGCACAAACCAGGGGACAGCAGAAGAAAAUUGAAGAAAUCCAAGCUGAGCCCCCAGCUAAGAAACCACGCAUGCAGAAGGAAACCACCAUGGCGGAGACAGCUAAGGAGGGCAAGGCCCUACUGGGAGGAGAAAAGCUUGGUGAUACUAGAACGGAGACAAAGGCCAAAAGAGACAGCAGGCCAACCACCAAACGCAGUAGCACCAUUGAUAAGGUGAUGGCUGAAGCUAAAGAGCUCCUUAAGGCAGAGGGAUUCACAGAUACCUCCACAGGGCGUGUGACCCGCUCUUCCAGGAGUGGCAGAGCACCCCCUCCUCCACCCCCUGCCAAGAAAGGCCGAGGGGCAGGCAAACCAGCUGGGGCUGCCAAAACACCAGGAAAAGGCCGUGGUAGGCCCAAAAAGAACCCUGCUCCCGUUGAGGAAACGGAAAAGAAAGGCGAUGAAAAAAUGGAAGAGGGUGCCACAGCAGAUGCCUCCUAGUUAAAAUGCCUGUCUCCAUGACAACGGAUGCUAUGGCAACGUGUAUACAACCAUGUUUUAAACAACUUUUCUAGGUUGCUGUAGAGGCGGAAGUUCAACAUUUUGGCAGCAUUUUCAGUCGUUGAAUCACAGAUUUAUUGUAAGGCAAUAGUGACUGAAGAGUUGAAGCUGUGGCUUGAUUUUUGUCCCUUAAUUUUUUUUUUUUUUUUUUUUUUUAACAAUUUUGAUAAAAGGGGAAAGGAAUGAUGUACAGUGAAAUUUUAAAGUAGAAUUUUUUUUUUUUCAUGUUUUUGCUUGAGUCAGCACGCUGUAAAUUUUUGAGGUUAAGAUGCCAUUGUAGAUGCUUCAUCAUGAUAGUAUUUUUGUACAAAUUAUUUGAAGAAUUUUAUAGGGAUUUUAUUGAUAUUAUCCUUUUUUGUGUACAUCUAAUUUUAUAUGCUUAUAGGGUGAAGAUUUUAUUGAAAAUUCGAGGAUGGCAAAACUUUGCCAAGAAUGUUUCACAGACUUCUCUAAAAAGGAUCCAAAAUUCAUUUUUGUAUCUCCCACUAUGAAGUGCUGGCAGUUUAGUUUUAAUUCAGUUUUAAAACUUUUCAAGGGGAUUAUGAUAUUAUUUUAUUCUGGAAAAAUAAUCAUUAAAUAUUUGAGACUUGAAAUUUGGAAAGAAGUCGCAACUAUUUUUGAAAAAGAUAGUGUUUGUGUUUUGAAAUGCAGAAGGUUGCCAUGGAAACUGAUAAAGAUUUAAGUAUUAAUGCCUUUGGCAAAUCACCAACCAUUAGCAAUCAUAUUCCAUUUAAACAUCCAUUGAAAACCUCAGAAAACAUGCCCAUAUGUAAAUGAUGCUUGUGCUAAUUUAAUUACCCUUUGUUAUAGUUAAUAAGAUGCUUUAUUUUGCUUUAAGUUUCUCUCAGUUCUCUCUUUUUCAUCUGCUAAGAAGAGAUAAAAUCCAGAAAAUCAACAUAAAAUCAUUGCGAAACAGCUGUUUAAUUGACAAAAAGAAAAAAUCAUCAGUUUAGCCACAGAAUCAUGAAAUUCAUAUUGUCAUAUUGUUGUGAUUUAAUGUGUGUAUUUGUUGUGUUAGAACCAUUUUUAGAAUUUUUGCUUUACCUUGUACUACCUUUUAAGCUGCUAAGGUAACAUGGUGGCCUUGAAACUUUUUUGACUUCAUUUUUAUCCUUUUCGUGUAAUGAUUCUCUUUGUUAUGUCAUUUGUUAAUGAUGCUGAUUUUUUUUUUUUUUUUUAAGUUUAAAAAUCCUUGGGUUCUGAUUUGAUUACACAAAGAGACACUACUGGUUAUAUGGGUCUUGUACUGUAGAUUCCAUUACUCCAUUGCCUUUUUUUUUAAGUUUGAAGUGAACAGUGGCAUAUACUUUCAAAUGAAAGAAA